UCAGUCGGGAAGUUAGUUUCUGUUUGCCAAACUUUAUAUUGUAAUCGGCCAAUCUGCGCAUUGUGUAAGGUUACGCAUAACCUGUUUGUGACGUCACAACCGUUCGGUGUUAGUCUUCAUUCAGAAGCGGAGUAACCGAUGCGGAAGGUGUUCUUAAAAUCGGAAAUGUGUUUUUGGAAAAAUAUCAUCUUUCUUCUUCUCUUGAGAGUUGCCGUGAGCAGUGAUUAUGAGGAAGACGAUCAAGAUGACGGCGAAAAUUAUAAACAAUUAUUAUCAUUAAACUUUGUUCAUGACAUGGAAAAUUUUGAAAAACAAGAAAACUUAUCAGAGGUUCUUGACCACAAAAAUUUGAAAGAAGAAAUAUCUGAAGUUGAAUGUCAUAGAAUAGCUCUUCAUCGAUGCGGAAGUAUCUUUAUCAAAGUUUUCCGACUUCUCGAUUUUCUUCCAGAAAACCAAUCCUUUCAACCUAGAUGUACUUUAAGAUCGUUAUACGAUACUUUAAUAAGUAGAUGA